CCGACACUCGGGGCCGGAAGCGAAAGCCGUUCCGCCUCUUCCGAGCGGGGUCAAGUCCUUGCGGCCACGACCGAGGCUUCCGAGCGUACCUGGCGUUCGCGGUUCCCGCAGCUCCGGCCGGACCAUGGUCGCGGUCCGGAACCUGCGCACCGCUCUCAUAUUCGGCGGCUUCGUCUCCCUCGUCGGCGCCGCCUUCUACCCCAUCUACUUCCGGCCCCUAAUGAGGCUGGAGGAAUACCAGAAGGAGCAAGCUGUAAAUCGGGCUGGUAUUGUUCAGGAAGAUGUGCAGCCACCAGGGUUGAAAGUGUGGUCUGAUCCAUUUGGCAGGAAAUAAGGCUGUUAGCAAGUCUGAUUAUGAACGUGGACAUCUUCAUCCUUUGGUCUCUGCAGUGGGGACAAUGGAUGACUGAAUGUGGAAGCCUGGCUGGAGAGGGAACGCUUGUGAUAAAGACUGCAUAAGAACUGUGCUUCCCUUCUGAAGUCUCCAGAGAGUCCUGCACAGAUGACACAUUAGGAAGUGCCUCAUGACUCAGUUGACUUGGCAGGAGCAGAGCUGGCUUUCAGGGCUGUUUGCGGGAGAUCUGCUUCGUAUUCAGCCUUUAUCACUUCCGAGCUGUGACAUGAAUACAAGCACCCCCCGGGCUCAAGAAGGUCCACAGCUGCUUUGCCACCUUCUAAAUAAGUGAUUUUAGUGGCAACUGCCAUGCCGAGCUGCCUCCCAGGGCACUUUGAGAAUGUUCCAGAUGAUAAAGCUCUUUGAGGAUUUGGUCCUCAGUGCUGUUUAAGAAUGCACAACUCAACUUAGCCAUCUUGUCAAAAAUCACUCUGUGUUGGGAAGUAAAUAAAUACCAAGCAAGUCAAACUAGACCUUGUAUCCAUGCACAGUAGAACCAGGUGAGCCCACAACAACAGGGCUGUGGGUAUUAAAAUGAUUUCGUGUUGCUUCAUCGUCA